AGUGAGUGAUCCAUGUGCGCACGCAGGAGAGGGUGGGCGCCUCUUUCCCCCACCUCAUGCAGAUUAACUUUCCCUUCCCCUAAAUGUUUUGUUGCAUCCAGUUAUGGUGGGAAGUUAUUUUCCCCCAGCUUUAUUGGAGAGGGGAACUGAGUAUGCAACAGAAGGCGGAGAGAUGCUUUUGAGCCGGAGAUAAAAUUUUGGAUGGCCAUGUCUCUCUGUCUCCUGGCGGGGUGAGUGCAGCUCCAUUGAGCAGCUCGUUUUGCCUCUGUGUCCCUCGGGUGGGGGAGAGCAGCAGCCAUGGCUUCCAGCAAGGGUUCUCCGCCCACUCAUGCAUCCAAGCUUGGGAAGGAGAAGACCAACCCUGCGAGGUCCUUGAAGGCCGACAGCCCCACCUCGGAAGGUCCCGCGGGGCAGUCUGAAGCGCCAGUGCAAGGUGCCAGCAGCAGAUCUCGUCACCCAGCGAGUGAAGGGGAGAAGGACUCUGGAUAUUCAGACGAGAGCUCAGAGCACCUGAGCACCGUGGAUCAGACGGACACAGAGGACCAGCCCGCCUACUCGUUGCACCAGCAGGCCAAGUUGCAGAGGGCGCCACAGAAGGCGUCAAGGGCACUUGCGGGCAGCACCUUCCCUGGCCUCACUCCUGUUUAUAUUGUCAAAAACGUUAUCCUCAAACAGCCCCUGGGGACCUCCCCCAGUGCCCAGUUCCUGGCCUGGAGCUGUCAGCACCCAUUCGACAGCAGCCAGGGCUCCCCUGCCCACGUCCUCUUCAUCCAGCAGCCAGUAGCCUCCUUGAAGCCGCUGCUCCCCUGCCAGAAGUCUGCCGCCAAGGAGACCUACCUCCCGCUCCUCAGCACCUACCCCAAAAUUGCUCCUCAUCCAGGCCCUGGCCUGCAGGCCAAGGGGGUGGGAGGGGCCAGCAAGAACAAGCGCUUCUGUCUUGAAGAAGCCUGGGUGACGUCAUCUGAAUCCGCUGCUCCCAAAGACAGCAGGGAGAAACCGCGAGAGGAAGCGCCUCCCCCAUCCUCCGCCCUUCCUGGCCCGGAGCUGCUCUCCCAGAACACGGUGAGCUCCUCCACUGGAUUGGACGCAGCCGAGGGGAGGAUGCUCUCCAGAGCCUCCAAGAGACUGGGCUGCAGCAGUGCAGGCAAGCAGCGCCGCUUCCACAACACAGUGGAGAUCCUGCGCAAGUCGGGGCUGCUGGGCAUCACGCUGAGGACCAAGGAGCUGAUCCGGCAGAACACCAGCACCCAGCGGGAGGUGGCUGAGCUGCGAGAGCACACCCAGCUCCUGUGCGAGGCCGUCCAGAGCAAUGACUCCCAGACCUGGGCUCGCCUCCAGGAGGCCAUGGACCAUUCGGCGGCCUACUGGGCCAGCAAGGGGGCCAGCUCUUACGCGCACCUGGGUCAGCAGAGGCGGGUGGCUGACCCUGUGGGCUCUGCCCCGGAUGCUGCCAGAGAGUCCUCGCCCACGAGCCUGUCCUUCAGCCCGGACACUUCAGUGUACGUGGCGUUGCCUUAGCUCCCCCCCCCGUGACUCCCAUUGCACCCUGGGUAAAAGGGUGGUCUCCAGAAGAAGCCUCUUUGGAGGAAUCGGUGUCUGGCCAGCAAGCCCUCAGCUGCCCCAGGUUCCUGCAGUCAGCAUGGCUGAGGAGCCCUGCGAGGAAGGAUGGGUUAGGCCCCUCCUGACUUGGACUGCCGACCGGGGGGGUUGUUGGCUGUUGAAGCCUGCUGUGUCCUUGCAGAGGGUCCCUGAGAUACUGGUGCACCUUGGGGCUCUGAUGGUCUAAUCUCAGCAUGGGGAAUUGGGCUGGGCUGACCCAGGUUGUGGUUUUGAUAGCAGAGGAAUUCGUUCGUAGAGGUGGAAGGGGAAAGGCAGUGAGAAGAGGGUGGGUGGGUGGGUGGGGGAAGGGCAGUUGCCUCUGGGCUAGUUUUAUCGCAAUGGCUUCCAGCCAGGAGCUCAGAGCAACCAAUUUGUGUGUGUGUGUGUGUGUGUGUGUGUGUGUGUGCGUGUGUGCGUGCGUGCGUGCGUGCGAGAGAGAGAGAGAGAGAGAGAGAGAGAGAGAGAGAGAGCGCG